GGAAGUAAGAAUUCAGUACAUAAACACAGAGUGAAAACGAAGCGCGCGGACCGCAUAUCAACUUCACAAUAUUAAGUGACUGCUGAUUAUCUUGAAAUGGGGGUAAACUUUAUAAAUUAAAUCGAUUGCAGCACUUAAUAUUAUUAAUAAAAUAAUGUUAAAAAAUGAAACAAUACACAUUUUUGAAUCGCUCUAAUUCAUUGAAGAAAAUGAAAUGUUUGUGGCGAAUGACUUGAAAUGAAUGAGAAGAAUCCGGCAAGAAUGUGGUCAAUCAGGGUUGUGCGAAUAUCAAGUGAUAUCCCUACUUACUGUACUCAUGUACUCACUGCUGAAUACUCAGAAUACUGAAUGAAUUUCAUUAGAUUACUCACUGUCAUUGAGCAGAGCUGUCGCGUGACUUGGGGGCCCCCUGCCACUAUUGGUUGUGUGCCCCUUGCCCUUACUUAACUUGAUUUACUUGCAUUCACAGCAUAAAUUUAAUCACAAUCACAACUUUGGCCCUUUUAAAAUUCAAGUCUCCCUGCAGACUGCAGGGUUUGUAGAGCCCACACGAGGACGGCUUUGCAUAGAGUGAUUGUCUUUGAAGAGCAAUCACUAAUGGCAAGAAGUAUAAGAAAUGUUGGUAAUUGAAAGUGUGGCUUUUCCCCCUAUUCUACCACAGCCGCCAUCUUGUUUGCCACAAUGGCAUGUGUCAUACCAACCAAUAUGGCAUGGCGUCCGUGUAAAAAAGUGGUGCAAACAUGCGUCUGCUAUAAUAGGGAGGGGAAAGGGAGAGAAUAUGCUGGUCUAGCUAUUUACAAUAGAAAUUCGAAAAAAGGAACAAAACGUUAAAAUUUAAUGACAUAAUUUCAGCCAGCACAUUUUUGUGGCUAAGGAAGCUACUAGGGGUGUGCCGGAUCCGUUUUUUCCAACCGGAUCCGGAUUUUCUUAUGCGAAAUCCGCCGGAUUCGGAUCCGGAUUCCGGAAUAAUCCGGAUUCCGGUUUCUCCCGGAUUCCGGAUUUUGGUACUAUUGGUAGAUACUUCGGUAAGUCAAGGUGGACUACUACUUUUUGUGUAUGGGAAUUCGCAAUCGGCGCCAAAAAAUCCGAGUUUUUAAUUUUCCGAUGUGUGUGUCUAUUUAUUAUUAAAUUAGUACUUUCGAUAUAUAUUUGAGUUCCGUUCCAUUUGGAUAAGUGUCUUACGAGAGACGCCAUGUUUCUACGCGUUCGCAGCAGGUUAUGCAGCUCGCUCAACCUAAUUUCGCCAUGGGGUUGGCCACGCCCCCCUUUUUAAUGGCGGAAGUUGACGAUACUUAGGAAAUAUUAAUUUAUUAUCACUAUUUACAUCAAAAUAAUUGAUAACUUGUGUUUCAGAAUGCAUUUAAAGACAUUUAAACUGGAAUGUUUUAAUUUGAGCUUUAACAACCCGGUAGAAUCCAUAUUAUAAAUGAUCAGAAUUUACCGUGUGCAACACGUUGUCAUUGGCAACCAUUCACAGCCACUUGCAUAACUGUAUCGUAGUACUACCUCAGAGUUUCAUUCAUAAGAGUUUGCCGUGUGCAAAAACUAUUAAACCAUUGGUCAGGGAAAGCUUUAAUUAAUUAUUCAUGUGCCAAAGUUGAAAGUUUAAACUAAGUCUAAACAGUAUUUUAGUGAUAAGGCAGGGAAUGCGUUGCCUUAUAUAAACUAUAUAGUCAUUGCGCAUGACGGGAUUGGUGGAAUGAGAUCACAGAAUGUGGAGAUGCAGUCCAUGUUAAAAAAUGACAAACCAAGUCGUACUUUAAAAAUUCAUAACUUUAAAACUACAACAGCUAAAUAUAUGAUUUUGGUGUUAUAAUUCUUUAAAAAAUUACAUCUUUUCAACUAUGCCAUUGGUUUAUUUUUACAAAAGGUUUAAAUUUUCUUAUCAAAGUCCCUACACUAUUGGCCACUAUUAGCGGUGCUGACUCUAGCCUCUGGUAUGUACGGAAUAUUAAACAUUAAACAAGCUCAACGCUCGAAACAAUCGAUUAAUGUAUCGUGAUCGUGUGAAAUUCGGGAAAGAGAAUUACUUUUAUUUCAGAUUAUGAUCCGGUGAGUCACAAAAUCUGGCAAAUUCCGAAAUCCGGUAUAUUCCGGAUUCCGGAAUCCGGUUGUUCCGGAUACAUGUAAAUCCGGCGGAACUGGAUUUCACCGGAUAGUGCAAAAUCCGGCGGAACCGGAUUCCGGCACACCCCUAGAAGCUACUUUAUUGUAUCCCUCUAGAUAUGUAGCAAGUAGUCUCCACAACCUGUGGUCGCCCCAAUUCCUUCAUAAAUUCAGCCGGUACAGUAAUUUAUUUAGGCUUUAUGAAAAAAUUUCAGCCAGUACAUUAAUUUAUGGCGGACAAAGCUACUUUAUUGUAUUUUCGGGCAAGAAGUCUCAAUUACUUGGUAUUGGUCCGUUCCCUCAACUAAAACAUGUGUGCUACAGUUACACACAGUGGUAUGUAAAGUGUAAAAAUUACAAAAUAUUUUUAAAAUAAUGAAAACCAAACUUACAGUUGCAUCUAAUACACCUUUUACACACUUAAUUGCAGGCUCUACCAAACAUAAAAUUCAAAAGUUGUCAGAAAAGUCAUUAGUCAAUACAAUUCCUAUGGUAAAUUCAGAGAAAGCGGCCCGUGGUUAUUUCCAUGCGCGCACUUUUACGUCUUAAAUGGAUCCUUAUGCCUAACCUGAACCCUAAAUCGAUGCCUAACCCAAACCCUAAAUCGAUCCCUAUGCCUAACCUUAACAAAGUCGACGUGGGGCGCUAAAUCUGAAACAGCCAUUCCCAUUUUCCAAAUUUCGAAAAAUGUAAAUAUUAUAAUUAGCCUGCCAAUGAUGUUAAAAAAAAAAGAAAGUAACAAUCCAAGAAUAAACAAAAGGGUACCUUUUCAUCCUGGUGCAAAAAAUCAACCGUACAUUGUCAAAAAUAUUUCAACUGAAUUGAUUCAUAACCUGAUCAUAAUAAAUUAAUCUUACUCUAAACUCUUCUUUGUUAUUUACAAGUCCAGUUCAGUAAUCUUUCCUACAAAUAUCCAUAAAAAAAUGGUGAAACUAAGAAAUAUUUUGAGUGGGAGUGGAUACAUUUUAAGUUAGUGCUUCAGGUUUUGACAAAAAUUGUUUCCUAAGCACAUAUUGUCUCCUAAUACUAAGCGCAGUGACAUCUUUUUGAGGGAAGCCCAACAAAUGGCGUAAGGCCGCCGCCGGUAAGGUAAAUAGUUGGUCAGACAUGAAAUAUGUGUAUGAUAAGUUCUUGUUCAUCACUGAGUAUUAUUCUCAUCAUAACUUUAUUCUGAUGAACAAUUUAUGGGCCAUACCAUACAGUUAGAUUUUUCUGUCUACUUAUUUAGAAGUUUAUUCUCUUGAUUCCACACUUCAACGUUUAAAUUAUUUUUAACUGAUUCCUUUUCCCUAAUUUAUAUUACCAGGUCUGGUACUAGUAUUUGUGUGAUUUAAAAAAUAAUUUUCUAGAAUGUGGGAUGAACAUUUUUUAUGUACCAGUUACCUGUAACUGUGAUUGAAUAUUGGCUUUAAAUAUUGAGGACAGUAAACCCCAGUUUGAGAACCACUAAUAUAGAUGAUAGUGAUUAAUAUUUAGUGUAGUUUGUAACUGAGGGUCUUAAACUAUAUUACUUGAAAAUAGGACUCUAUUUGAAUUACCCUGAGCCAUUCACCCAAGUGAAUGAUCCUUUAUGAUUUAGUCUUGAUCAAGAGUUAUGGCAAAUAGUAUUUAGUAAUCGUUAGUCUAAAAAUAUAUCAUUUAAUAAUAAAAUGUUUUAAAAAGUAAGCAUAAGACUAUAUCUUUUUUUUUUAUCUAGAUUGACUAAAUUCUAAGAUUUAUAAUUUAACAAUAAAGUGACUGGUUGGGGGGUCUUGGAUUGGUAAAUUUAAUAAACCAGCAUUCCUGAGGCUAUAUUUAAUAUAACCCUUGUGUUUAGUUUCCAGAUUCACUACAUUAAAGCUUUUAGUGGUGCGAUCCAGAAUAAGUUAAAGUUAAUUAUGUUUCAACAAUUCAGAUUUAAAAUGUCAUUUAUCUACAGAGAAAGUCAUCAUCCAAGGCUAAAGAAAAGAAGCUUAAAAAGAAAGAAGUAAGUGAAAGGUAUAUUUAAUUACUAGAAAAUGUAUCUAAAAUGCUUAAAAAUUCUCUGUUGAGUGAGAAUGAGAUAUGAUACUGGGUAUUCAAAGUAACUAAAUUUUGUUGAUGGAAAUUUCUGUAAUUUUUAAUAUUUCUCUUCCCUAUAUUUGAAAAAAUGGUAAAAACAAAUAUAUGGUUUAGUACUGAAAGGAUAAAUAACAUCAGAUAAAAUGUACGGAUUACUAAGUCAUAAUUUAUUCGUUUGUGCCUUGUUUAUUGAAAUUAUUGUAUAUGUUCUACCCUGUUAGUUGCAAUUGUUUCCUAGAUUUUCUAGAACUUUGUAUUUUUUUUAUAUUUCCAGGAAAAUGCAAAACUUACAGCAUUGUAUGCCAAAGUUGAAGCUGCAAAUAAGGUAUUUAUAAAAUUCCUACAAGCAUCACUGUUUUCUUUAUUCAUAAAAUGUCAAGUCUAUUGUAAUUUUUGUGGAUCUUAUUUUUGUAUACAUUUUUUCUUUAAAUAAGUUUUAAGGUGACAUAUUUAAAAUAUGUUAUUAAAGAGUAUUGGUAUUGAACAUAUGAUUCACUCAAGUUGUUAACAGUAGAGCAACUGUGACAUAUUGCUGAAGAUAACAAUUGUGAAGAUUCAUAAUUGUGUACAGCUAAAAAAGUUAAAAGGGUGUUAAGAAAAAAUGUUAUAAGGGAUUUUAUGCAAUUUUUCUUCUGCCAUUCAUGUUGUUUUGUCUGGUUCAUUGAUAAGUUAUUCUUAAAUGUUUUUUCCUCAUUAAAAAACUUUAUUAAUUUUUAAAAUUAUUAUCUGUAUCCCACAGCUUGAAGAUCCACUCUGUGUUUUUCCAGUUUUCAAGAAAUAUGAAAGAAAUGGGUAAGAUUUAAAAGAAAUGGAAAUAGAGGAAAUAACAUUCUUACUUUCUUCUAGCUUAAAUAAUUCUUUAAUCAAUGCCAGACUUUACAGGACAGAACACCAUUAAUUUUUCCCUUUGUAAACAUCCUAAUAAGACUGUACUACAACACCUCUUUCGCUGUCAAGGACUUCAUGACAUACACAUCUAUUGCCUAACACAGCAGCCAGAUUACAGAAAUACUCUAUACAACUAAUGAAGACCUGCACAUUUUCACAAUAGCCAUAGGGUGCAUGACCACUGGGUUAGAAUGAUGAUUAUUAUUCAUAUAGUGUAUGUAACAUAAAACACUAACACACAUAGAAUCACUUGUGAAAAGAUUUUCAGAUGAAUUUAUAUGCUAUAUCAAUUAAGCCGGUGAGUAACUAAACAAUUUUUUUCUCUCCCCACCGGCAGACUUAAUAUCUCAUUUGAAACAAAACGUGUUAAAGAUCUGGAUGAGAAAGCUAUAAACUGGGCCUUCGAACUUACAAAAUCUAACAUGAAGACACUGUGAGUAAUCCCCACUUAACACAGGUGGUGGUUUUAUUUUGGUGGUGAUUUUAACAUUUAUAUUCAUUCAAAAGCAUUUGGUGUAACAGGUGUACAUUUCAUGAUAGCCAGUAGGCAUAUAAUUUUUUAUAUCCCACUCCAAGAUGGCUGAUUUCAGACUUUACUGGUUUACAUCCUCUUCCCAAGGCUAGCUACAUUGCUGAGUUGACAAGUUCUUUCCACUUCUUCUAACUUACCUAUGCUUUUUACCCGGCUGGGGCAUAGGCCAUCUACAAGAAUUUUCCACUCAUCUCGAUUCUGUGCUUUCCUUUCCAGUUGCUUUCAGGUGUAUCCCAUACUUUGUGUGUCUGCCUCCAGCUUGCAUCCCCAUCUGUUUUUUGGCCUUACUCUCUGCCUUUUUACCCUGUGAGUUCCAUGUUGUAAUGUUAUCCGGGGGUAUACAAAGAGUUUUCCCUGUCCACAUCCAUAUUUUCCUUAAUGAGCAAUAGGCUCUAGGCCAGGGGUCGGGAACCUCUGGCUCGCGAGCCAGCGAGCCAUAUGUGGCUAUUGAUGGCUGCAUCUGGCUCGCAGACAAAUGUUAGAUUAUAAAAAAAAUGUUUCUUUAGACUCCUUUGAUUAGCAACAGCAUAACAAUGUUUUAUUAAAAAGAAUUCAGAGACAUAAUUAUUGCAUUUUUAGUGUUGAAAUUACACAAAAUGCGCACAUUUACUUGAAUUUUUAGUUUUAAACAUAAUGUAUGGCUCUCACAGAAUUACUUUUCAAAAUAUGUGGUGUCCAUGGCUCUCUCAGAACAUAAGGUUCCUGACCCCUGCUCUAGGGUAUGUCCUCUCUCCUCUUUCCACUUCAGUUUCAGAUGAAUUCCAACUUGCUACAUCUUGGUUUUUUUAGCUGUUGACUAUCAUGACAUCUUAUGCUGUCAACUCUAAUAUUUUCCUCAAGCCGUGAUGGCUAAAAAGAUUUAAUAAUAAUAAUAAUAAUAAGUGGUCUUAUAUAGCGCGGUACCCCAGCCUAGGGCUGGGCUCACCGCGCUGUACAUAAAUAUAGCAAAGAGGCAUAAUCAUAAUAUUAAAAUAAAAUACAUAAAUGAAAUUUCCAAGAAUCUGAAUUUUUAAAAAUCACUUAAUUUUGUAGCCUCUUACUGCAUUGAAUUUUUAAUCACAAUCGACAAUGGUGUGUUUUAUGAAAGAAAAAAAGGCUCUGCUAUUCCAUUUUAUGCAAAAUUCACAAUAAAAGACAAUCUCUACUUGGCUUAAAAUCUUAUAAAUGAACCAUUUAUUACUCCAGGUAUAAAUAUUAAAAAAUGUGAACAUACUUUGGCUUUAUUGAUUUCUGUAUUUCCAAGUAACUGUGUUUUAUAGAAUAAAAUUAAUCUUAUUUAUUACAUUGAAAGGUCAAAUGGUUAAUACUACAAUAUGUAUAUAAUUAACACAAAAAUAAAAAAAGUUUUAGAGUAUGGUUAUUAAGUUCAAUAACUGUUGUCCAUGCAAUUGCAUUUAGAAUAAAUUCUGUCUCUCUUGCAGAUAUGAACUGAGUGAAUGGGGCUGGAAAGACAGAGAAAAGAUGGAAGAAAUGACAGAGGAGAAAGCAUGGUAUCUUAUGGCCUAUGAUCAAGAUGGCAAGCCAGUAGCCUUCAGUCACUUCAGAUUUGAUGUGGAGCUAGACACAGAAGUUUUAUAUUGGUGAAUGAUAUGACUUUAAAAAAAAUACCUCAGAGUUCUCUCUUGUAAAGAUUAAAUUUAUGUGUUAGGAAUGAUACCAGUGGUUUGUUCUCUCAAUCUUGUAUGAAAGUAAGGUGUAAGAGAUGCAGAGCUACUUUUGCUUGUCAGUAGUAGUAUCAAAAUUUUUAACAGAAUAAGAUUGAGGGCUGACAUGUUUAACAGGGGUUUAACCAGAGAAGUAGCCUUUCAUCUUUGUGCGCCCCCACCACCACCAUUCAGUUCUUUUGUUUGUUUUGUUAUUAAUAAGGGGUGAACAUUAUUACUCUGCUUGACUUACAUUAUUUGUUUGCUUUAUUAACUUUGAAUUAAAUUUUAAAAAUUAUUUCUCUCAUUGCCACUUAGUUAUGAAAUCCAGCUUUGUUCAGACGUUCGCAAAAAAGGACUUGGAAAGUUCAUGAUGCAGAUCUUAGAACUUAUGGCAAACAAGUAAGAUUUAUUAUUACUCAUGGUUCAUAAUAAUGCUUAUCAUUAGUGUUUCCAUGAAAGUUUGUAUGCGCCAUGUUAUAAAACCAAUUUUUUAAUCGAAAAUAUCUUGAAUCUAGAUUAUAAUUCAUUAUGUAUGUAUGGCUGUAAUGCUGUGUCCAAUAGGCGUGCAAAAUAAAUUUCCCAGAAUUGAGAUUCUUAUAAAGUGUUUUGUCAAGUUACUUUAGUAGAUGGUUCACACAUUGCCACCACCAUUUUUUAGCGGGUUCUUUCUACUAGUGUUAAAAUAAUGCCAAGGACAAGCAUGUAUAGUCAGCUUUAGCUUUAAAGAACCAGUUGUGACGGAGAAUGGUCAUUUCCAAAAAUAGAUGAAUUUUCAAUAUUAUUUUCCCCAAUGACACACACUUUGGAAAUAAAAUCAUAUCUAAUGUUGGCUGUUGUAUGAUUGUGACUUGCAUGAUGUGAAUGUUUACACUACAUAAUGAUUAUUGUAGAUAUUCUAGUACUCCCUGGAAGUAAAGAAAAUCUGAAUGCUGCACAGCAUCAAGCGCUGAGAAUGAACCAGUAGUGAUUGUUAUCAUAUAGAUGAACUAUGAAGGUCUAUUUAUAAAUAUGACAGUUUGACUUUUUCGCUGUUAGCAACCAGUUUGAAAGUGAAUUUUGGGGCUGAAUUUAUAAUAUCUAUAAUAAUAAUCCUAGAGUGGAUCUUGACCCCUCCAUUCUCAUUUGCUGCUUUCCCCUGUUAUGUGCAUUAAAUGGUUAUGUGCAUUAAAUGCACACAAAAGAACACAUCCGUUACGCAGUGUGCUGUGUUCAUGACUGACAGCCAUGUUUAAAGAGAGAGCCCUUCACUGAUUCCAAUUAUGCCUGUUUUAAAACUAGGAUGGUGACAGUACAUGUAAAAUACCCAACGAAAACAGCAUCUGUACCCAUCACUACCCAUUCUAUAAAGAAUCAAUGCACCUAAGCAUUGGUGGAUGUAUGGAAUGCCAUCUGGAAUUAUUAUAAUAGAUUAUGCACCUCUUUCUGUAUUUUACCCUAGUAUUUAUAUCUUAGUACAUAAGACAACAUUAAGAUUGACAUCCCAAGUUUGAUCAAAAUUAAUCUUUUAACUUUUGCAAUUUGUCUAUUAGAAUCACUACAGAGCAAUUACAUAUGAUUUGUAGAUCUGUUAUCAAUGGCACUAAUUUUUCUAGCUUCAAUAGAUUAACAGCAAUGAAAACAGGUGCAUAAUUUGUUUUCUUAAUAUAUGAAAAUUAAAUUUACAACAUUAUUAAUCGAAAAACUUAAAUUUUCUAAAUUUGACUUUUUUUCUUUGACCAGAUAUGAAAUGAAGAGUGUGAUGCUAACAGUUUUUAAACAUAACAAUACUGCCCAGGAAUUCUUUGUUAAUAAACUCAAGUAAGUAUUCAAAUCAAAUUUCAAUGGUUACUGGCCUGUACAUUUGAGAUUGUUAGAUUUUAGAAAACACUGCUCUAAAAUGAGUAAUAUUUUAACACUGUUUAUUUUCCAUAAUAAGAGAAAGCAUUUAUUUAAGCAUACCUCUGAUAAUUAAAUUAUACACAUUGAAGAAGGUGUUCCUUUGACCCAUCUUUUAGCACUCUAGUUCUACGCUAACCCAAUAACAAAUUCAAAAAUUUUUGAAAUGUUGUCCAGCUGUAAGAGUGUCAAUGAAACUUAUGGUCUUGUUUUAUGCCUUAGAGUGGGCGGGCAGUGGUUUUGUUUUUGUGCAUGCUGGAGCAAGCUGCAAGGCAGCAGGUUGGGUGGUGCAGUUUGUGGCUGAUGCUGCUGUUUUCUUUGUUAACUUAAGUUGCAGGGGUUGGUUUAAAAUUCAGAUAUAUACAGACUGAUGAAUGACAAAGUAUAUUUUAAAAUCUUGUUGAAUUUUUGAGAAAUGUGUAGCUCUGAACCACUAGUUGAGCAAGCUUGUCUUCAUUCUCAUGUUUAAAUGGUUAAUUUUUAAAUUUUACAGAGGAAUGAUAAACUUUUACAAUAUUCCAAAUCAAUAGGUACACUGUUGAUGAGAUCUCACCAGAGCAAGGUAUCUAUGAUGAAGAAGACUACUCAUAUCAAAUUUUAAGUAAACUCACAAAGACAGGCAGAGAAGCAGUGUCCUUACAUGGGGCAUGUGCGAAAGCAUGUUGUUCGGCAAGUCACUGAUGUUGAUUGUUGUUAAAGAUCUUGAUUCGUAGAUGAAAUUUAGCAAGUUGAAGGAUUGCAAAAGUGCAGAAAACAUUUUUAUCUCCAUAAAUACAGUUUUAGAAGCCUGAUGCCCAAGAUUUCAAAUCAAUUUUUCGUAUUAAAAAAAACAAAAAAACAAAAACACAACAAUUUUUAGGUAAAAAUUGCACAGGUUAAUUUGACAUGAAUAUAGUUGCAGCACAUACUGUCCACAUAAAAAUAUUUUUCUAGGUGUAUUAGACCAGACAUUGCUGAACUCUAUGAGUCCUUUGUUGGAUGAAUGAUGUACGCAUGGUGAGCCUGAAGUAUGUUCUACUAUAUUAUGCUUGAGAAGUGUGUAAACUACAUUCUUUGAAGUUUUCAAUUGUAUGCUGUGUGAUUUAGCUAAUUUUCUAAAAUAAGAAUGUUGUUUUUUAGCAGCUUAAUACAAAAAGGUAUCUUUUGCUCAUUUUAAAAUUUCUUAACUAUAAUACUGAAUAAUUGUUACAAUGUAAUGCAGUAAAAAGUAAACACUUAUUUGACCAAAGAUUAAGUUUAAAAAAUAUGACCAGGUCGAUUAGAACUAUUUAAAAAAGUUUUUUUAAAUAUUGAUAAGUAGAAUUGUCAUAUCAAAUGAAGUGUACAGAAUAGCAUAAGUAUUGGUAAAUUUUUUUUUUUAAUGAUUUAAUUAAUAAAAAUGAAACAGUUCAUGUUAACAUUCAUUUAUUGAUAUUGUACUCUGUUAUUUUAAGGUUUAAUGUACUUUCUUUGACUUAGUUAGUAACACAAAAGUCUGGAUUAUGUAGUUAUUUAUAGUUGACACAACAGUUGGUUGUCAUGUUAAAGCUUUCUGUUUUUAAAAAAAAACCAUAAUUAUUUUGAAUGGCACGAGGAAAAUAAACAUUUUAUUUCUUGUAUAUUUGAAAUAUGAGUUGUGUCAGUGUUUUUUCAAUCAGACAUUGUUAGUGUUACCCUAUACAAUGAUCAUCAUAAGGACUGUUAAAUGAAAACAUUAGGC